CUCUCCAACAACCCAUUCGCCUACCGACAAUCACCAGUCCAAUACCGCCAAAAUGGGUCGCGUUCGCACCAAGACCGUCAAGAAGUCCGCCAAGGUCAUCAUCGAGCGGUACUACCCCCGCCUGACCCUCGACUUCGAGACCAACAAGCGCAUCUGCGAUGAGAUCGCCAUCAUUGCCUCCAAGCGCCUGCGCAACAAGAUUGCUGGCUACACCACGCACUUGAUGAAGCGUAUCCAGCGCGGCCCGGUCCGUGGUAUCUCCUUCAAGCUUCAGGAGGAGGAACGUGAGCGCAAGGACCAGUACGUCCCCGAGGUCUCCGCUCUGGACUUCACCCAGAACUCGGAGAAUGGCCAGCUGGACGUCGACGGCGAGACCAAGGAUCUGCUCAAGCACCUCGGCUUCGACUCUAUCCCCGUCAACGUCGUUGCCGUCACCCAGACCCAGGUUCUCGAGCGUGGUCCCCGCCGGUUCGGCGACCGUCGCCCCCGCGACUAAAAAGCGAAUUCUUGUGGGUUGUUGGGUUAGCAUUUUACAGGGUUUCUGCGACUUGGCGUCUCUGGACGGUAGUGAGUGCUUAGAUCUCAAAGAAAGAUCUUCCUUCCCCACAAGGUGUCGCCGAUUCUCCAGAUAUCUCUGGAGAUGACGCUUGAUCGCCAAGAUACUCGAGCCCAGCCGCUCAAGUGCAUUGCCAAUGCGAAUGUCUCGUUUGAUCGGACUUCACGGACAGA